UUGGAUUUGGCGUAUCCAAUCAGAUCACAGCGAGCAGUCAGAUCUCAUCAGCUAAAAGAAAAACAAAACAGGAACGAAGAAAAAAAAACCAGGUGAAUCCCUUGCUUCCCUCCCUCCCUCCCUCUCCGGCUCUCCCUCGCCCCGUCCCCCACCAGCCACCACCGGACCACCCCAAUAUAUUCGCCGCAGCCCUCGUCGUCGUCCCUCCGCGCUCAACUUGCUCGGCUCUUCUUGGAUUGGCGGCUCGGGGCCUCCUCGGUGAUUGGUGGCGGGAGAGCUGCGGUAGGGCCGGCCGGGUCUUCGAGAAGAACGGGCGGCGCUUUUUCUUAGAGGCGAAUUGGCUUGGUCUCUUCUUUCCUUUGCUGCGCGUUGGGAGGGGUGGCGGGCUCAGGAAUGGGGGGAGAGAAGCGGCUGCGUCGCCUGGCCCGGUUCCCAUCUCUCUGAACUUAGAUGGAUGCAUCUGUGAACGCGAAGAAGAAGGUUAGUUCCUGUGGGGGUACUGGUCACAGCCGCUGUGGUGAAGUCCAUCGAGCAACCGUGCGCUCCGCUCCUAUGCGAAGCAACCCCUUCUCACUUCAGGUUUGGUUCGCGUUUCCAUUCAAGUAUAAAGGAAGUAGUAUUUGGCAUGGCCUUUGAAUAGGAUCAGGACCUUUAAAACAAAGUGUUGCAGCAAUAUUACAUCAUAUUGGUGUUAUACUUCUUUACAAAAACAUGGUGGACGAAGAACUGUUUUAUAGGGACAAUAGUGAUCACAGCAUCAGCUCUGAGGAAGAAGACAUGCUUGUGAGGAGUUGUAGCAAUCUCAAUGUCAGCUUUGGAUACCACUGUGAUUCUUAUCCAAGUUUUCCUUCUGAAAAUGAUCAUGAGAAUGGUAUCUCUCCUAAGAACAUAUUUGGCACUAAUACCAUGAUGCGGUCACGAAAUGGCUCAUUUACUUGUUUGUCUGGUGCUGCAAUAAGUGCAAAUUUCACACUGGCAAAUACAAAUAUCUGCAAGGGUCUUAUCGGUGAAGAAAUUUUACCAGAACUAGAUUCUCCGAAUUCCUUUAGAAAAAUUGUUUCUUCUCCAUCAAUGUCAAGAUUGGACUCGUUCUCCACCUCACAAGGCAGCCCUGAGAGCUCUAUAUUUGAAAUCAGUAAAAAUACUUGGAGGUCCAGCGCUCCAACUGCUGUAUCAUCCAAUUUUCUGACUAAUACAGAGGUGAAAAUGGCUGGCGGAGCUGCUGGGGAGGAUAGAGUCCAAGCUGUGUGCUCAGAGAAAAAUGGUUGGCUGAUUUGUGGAAUAUAUGAUGGGUUUAAUGGGAGAGAUGCAGCUGAUUUUCUAGCUGUAACUCUAUAUGAUAACAUCGUAUAUUACUUAUACUUGUUGGAGAAUCGGAUCAAGCAACAAAAUGGUCUAUAUAAUUUUUCAGAAAGCUCUCUUAGUGGUGUUAAGAGUGAGCUAACACUAGCCAUGAGAAUUGCAGAAAAUGAAGAUAUAAAAUUUUCUGAAACAUUUCGAGCUGGUGUGCUGAACUGCCUUUCCACUGCUGUUGAGCAAGCUGAGAAUGACUUUUUGUGCAUGGUUGAGCAAGAGAUGGAUGAUAGACCAGAUUUAGUAUCAGUAGGGUCUUGUGUUCUGGUUGUGCUUCUUCACGGAACAGAUUUGUGCAUCUUGAAUCUGGGGGAUAGUAGAGCUGUGCUUGCUAGCAUGCCAUAUGCAGAAAAGGGCAUCUUAAAGGCUACACAAUUAACAGAGACCCACUCACUUGAAAAUCCAUUGGAGUACCAAAAACUUAUAGCCGAUCACCCCAACGAUUCUUCAGUUGUAAGGGGAAACAAAAUAAAAGGAAAGCUGAAGGUCACUCGUGCUUUUGGAGUUGGAUAUCUAAAGCAGAAAAAGUUAAAUGAUGCACUCAUGGGCAUUCUCCGUGUUCGUGAUCUGAGCAGCCCACCUUACGUUUAUACAAAUCCACACACAUUGAGUCACAAAGUUACAGAUGAUGAUUUGUUUGUCAUUCUUGGUAGUGAUGGCUUAUUCGAUUUCUUCACUAACAAUGAAGUUGUUCGGUUGGUUUAUCAAUUCAUGCAUGAUAAUCCUAUGGGGGAUCCAGCAAAAUAUCUCAUCGAGCAACUUAUACUCAAAGCAGCCAGGGAAGCAGCUUUAACAGCUGAAGAAUUGAUGAGGAUACCUGUUGGGAGUAGGAGGAAGUACCACGAUGACGUGACUGUCAUUGUUAUCAUCCUUGGAAAUGGGCAGAGGACAAUGACUGCAUCAACCUCCUUUGCUAGUAGUGAGGUCAGGGAGAAGAUGGAGGUGUUCAUCCACGAGGACUAUGUGAACAAGCGCAGGGAGCAGAGGCGGCGGCAGCUGCAGAUGCUGCAGGUGGAGGGCAACCCCGACGCGUCCCGGCAGGCGGCGCUGGCUAGCCGGGAGAGCCCGCGGGCGCCGGCUCAGUGCCUGACGCCGACCGCCGCGUCGCCGUCCAGCGUCAGAUCCCCGGCCGCGGGCGCGCUGUCGCCGGCUGCCGCGGCGGCGGGAGAGGCGGUUGCGGGCUGGCCGUCGGAGCAUCGUCGCCUCUUCGACUGCCUCAAGCCGUACUAGGCGUAGAGUGGCCAGAGACGCGGGCUUGUCGUCCGGUCCAACCGAAUAAGCGUGCAGUUCAUGGUGGUGAAAGGUGUUUUUCGUGUUCAUGUCGGCCGUGAUCGGGCGCGUAUGUGCACCGGGCUGAACUGAGAUGUUGAAAUGAUUCAUGAAUCGCAUGUGUGCUGGCGCCUUUAGCUGCUGGUGGCAUGAGCAUGUAAAGUUGUUUAGCGUGAGGCUGUUCUGCUCGGCUCUGUUCCACGGUUUAGGAACUUAAUAUUAGUAAAUGGAUAUUUCUUUAUGAUU